CUUAUCAACAAAUAAAUAACAGAUAACUAGACAACAUAAAAAUUAGGCACUUAAAAUUAUAAAAGUAUAUCCAAUUCUAAGUUUUAACACUAUUCGAGAAACUAUUAGUCAAUAUGUCAUCUAGACUUAAAACCGUUGACUUUGAAGUAUUUGGCCGUGUUCAAAAAGUGUUUUUUCGUAAAUGUACCCAAGAGCAAGGAAAAAAAUUAGGAUUACGAGGUUGGUGUCAAAACACUCCAAAAGGAACUGUGAUCGGUACAAUACAAGGGCCCCCGGAUAAAAUUGAAGAGAUGAAAAAAUGGUUGAAAGAAGUUGGAAGUCCAGCUAGCAGUAUUGAAAAAGUAGAAUUUAAAAAUCAAAAUGAUAUUGCAGAUUAUACGCAUACAGAAUUUGAAAUUAUUAGAAAGAAAUAACUUUGUUUGAUAUUUAAAGAAGGAUUGUAUGGUAUAUUAGUAUUUAUAAAUAAUAUAAUUUAUAUGCUUAACUGCUAAAUGUAUUGUCUUUUUAAA